AAUUCACCAAAAUGAUAAAAAUUAAACAUAUGUUUGUUUUUCAUUUAGUUGACUAUGUUGUACCUAUUCUCUGUCUAAUGUUUAUGUGCUUUAAUUGUAGGAUGUUAUUAAUGUUAUUAUAAUUUUAAUUAAAAAAUGUGAAAAAUUAAAAAAAUUGUAUCGUAUUCAAUUAAAUUUCAGAAGAUAAUAGUUGUUUUACUUGUAUAAUAUAACUACAUUGGAUUUUAAUGAUUGAUUAAUAACUGUAAUAAAUGUUUUUGUAUGAGUAAUUUUUUUACUAGAUAUACAGUAUUGAAAUAUCCAUAUCUAUGAAAUAUGAAUCAACAAACAGAAAACCAUAUCAUGGUUAGUAUUAUUUAAGUUUUGAAUAGAAUGAUUAGGCAUUAUGUAUUUCUUACUUAGUUUAUGAGCUAAAAAUAUGAAAAUUAAUAUUUUAAUAUUCCACAAUGGGUAUUAUUGUACUAUUUGCUACAAGUAUGAAUGUAUUGUUUUUUUUGGUCUGUAUGAUUGAUUUUAUAAAACAACAUAACUGUAGUAAAUUAAAUCUUGUUAAACAUCAAAAUUAGGCUGUUGAUUUUGUUAUUCAGUAAUGAAAAGAAGUGGUGUCCAUUGUAUCUUCCCAUUUUAAAUAAUAAAGUACAAUAAAAUACAACUGUUUAGAUUUUUCUGUUAGGUACACUCUUAAGUAAUGAUAAUUUUUAAGUAUUUGUUUUACAUAAAUUAUGUUUAAAUAAAAACAUAUUACCACAUCACAAUGAAUAUUAAUAUUAUGUUAGUUCAAUUUCUUCACUAUUAGUCCCAAGAUUUGAGGUCAGACACCCCAACUCUCAACUUUCACUUAGCUUCAUCCCCUCAUUCCUUUACACAUGCUGUUAAUUUCAUAUUGCUAUCACAUCCAAUUAACCUCUUUAGGUUCACCUCUUAUUCUCUCUUCUAUUACAUACAUUUUCUACAUUAUUUUUACUGUCUGUUAUUUUCAUUAUUGCAUUUUAUCUUUCAUUUUGUCAAUUCAUGAUGAUAGUCUUAUAAUUUUAGGUUAGAUGAAUAAUAAUUAUACUAAUGCCAAAAAUAAAAAAUUAUAAAUUAGUACUAUAAAUAUGAAUAACAUUAAUUUAUGUAGGACAUUCCUCCUCCUGUGUAUUCAAAUGUUGCGACUACUAAUCAAACAGAUGCAUCAGAAAAUGAGAACACUGAAGUUAUCCAAACAAUUCCUGUGCAUCCACCAGUAUCAUCUCAAGUAAUUUCUUACAAUUUUUGAUACUUAAAAUAAUGAAUUUAAUGUCUUUUUUUUUUAUUUAUUAGAAUUACGCUUUGCAACCCCCUAGAUUAGACUAUUCUGCUCCUCCCCCUUAUGAAGACGGCAACCCAGAUUUUGUAAAGCUACCAACUUAUGAAGAAGUACAACUGGAAAAACGUUUGGAAGGAGAAAUGUCUCCUAGAUUGCCAGUAAUUGUUAUUUAUUCUAGUUUUAAAAUCCCACUUUUACUAUUAAAAAUGUAUUUUUCAGGGAAGAGUUGUUGGAGGACCACCUAGUAUUGGGACAUUACCGCAAGAAGUAAUUACAUAAUAUUUUUCUAUAUAAUUAUUUAAAUUUUAUGCUUAAUUUAAAAUUAUCAUUUUAAAAAUUAUAUAUUUUAAUUAAUUCAUAUGUAUGAUUGACAUAUUUGUUUAAACCAAUAUUAGCAUAUACAACAUGUUAAAAACAAUUAAAAAUAAAUGCAUUUUUAUUUUGCUUCAAUAUUUAUACAUAUAUAUAAAUAUAACAAAAUCUUUCAUAACAGAUAAAUAUUAUUAGAAUGGUAGAUUUAUUUAAUAGAAUGUAGUAGAACUAAACCACAAUAACAUGAAUGCUGAAUAGUAUAAUUUUAGUUUACGAUUAGAGAAAUAUAAUUUAUAUACAGCAACAAUUAUUAUUAUAGAGAUAUUAACCAUUUUAUUUUAUAUUUUGUCAAUACUUAAAUAAAAAAAUAAGUAAUUAAACAAAGGAUAAAUCCAAAAAAAAAAGUUUUAUAAUUUCCAAAUUAUUUUGUGAAUAGAAAAUGAUUAAAAUUGAAGUAUAAUUUAAAAAAAAAAUGUGAAUUUCUACGAAAAAUAAUGAUAUAUCCUAGGUGCUAUGGUUUUGUUUUUUUAAUUGUUAUUACUAGAACCGGAAAUAAUAAUAAUAAAUAAAUGAAAAAAACUAAAAAUAUAGAAGUCUCACUUUUAUAGGUUGUUUGAGUCGAAAUGACACACCACCUUAUAAAGAUAAGAUAAAAACUGUAUCAGUCAUAAAUAGUACAAUUGGCAAUAUGUUAUGAAAAAUACCUAAAAUUUAUUAAAAACAAAUUAAUUUAGAUGCCUAAUAUUUCUAAUCACCUAAAUUUAAAUUAUCAAUUUGUAUAAAGUGUAAAAAUGCUCUAAAAAUUCAAAAUCAAAGUUUUCAUUUUUGAAAUAUCUGUUACAUGAAUCAAAUUAUAUACUUUAAAAGCAUUGAAAUUCAAACUCUAGUUAUUAUUUAUAUUACAUUCUGAUACCUUAAUUACUAAACCUGUCUUAUAUUCUUUGUAUUUUGAAAACUAGAAUAUUUUUAUGUUUUUAACCUUUGAGCGUCAUCUGAAAUGAAAGUAGUUGAGCAUUGUACAUUUUAUAACAUUCCUAAUAUGUUGUAAUAAUCGUACACAUAUUAAAUAUUAAUUCAUUUAUUCUUUUAUUAAUAAAUAUUAAUCUGAAUUUACUAAUACAUAUGAAUACUGGCAGUAGUAAAAAGAAAACAAUAUGUUCACUAAGUUUUUAAGAUUGAUAAGAUAAAAAUAGAAUAUAAUUUAAAACAAAUAAAUACAAAGGUUAACAUUAGUUUUUUUUUAUCUUGAUAACUUUUGACAAUAAUUGUAAAAUCUCUGAAUAAAUUAAACAAAUUGUAUCAAGAUCAAAAUUAAAGUUAUUGAGCUUAUAAGAAAUAUCAAUAUUUAUUGAUAUUGAAUGAUUUAUAAUUAGUUGAAAAUUUCCGAGUUAAAUUGAAAUAUUCAUAUAUAUAUUUUAACUUUGCAUUCUACUUUUCAUGUAUUAUUUACUAUAUAUAUUUUUUUAGAUGCCUGCACAAACAUUGACUGUUCUUACAAUUGAUGCAGCGCCUAACCCAUGUGAAAUUGACACUAAUUUAUUAGGCACAGAUUAUAUGUUUUUGACUGCUUUUUUGGGUACAAAUACAUUUUUUUUAUUAUUAUUAAUAAAUAAUAUUAUUUAUAUUUAUUACUUUCUAAUAAAACACAAUACAAAUUAUAUUAUUAAUAUAUUUUUUUUUAAUUGUUUUUCCAGUCGCGUUACUCUUCAAUUGGGUAGGUUUCUUGGUGUUAAUGUGUUUAUGUCAAACUGUUGCGGCUCGUUAUGGUGCACUUGCUGGAUUUGGAUUAUCAUUAGCUAAAUGGACAAUGAUAGUGAAACGUAAUACUGAAAUGGCAGAGCUAUCAUCAGAAAAUCAUUCAAAUACGUGGCUUUGGUGGUUAGUUAUGGCAUUUGGAUUUUUAAUUUGUAUUCGUGCUGUUAUACAAUAUAUGAAUAUAAAACGUGGUUGGAGAUUGCUCAGUGUUCCUGCCCAAGAACGAGUUUUAUAUUUUUAUUGAGUUUAAGGUCUGAUGAUUAAGAGUUUGAAAUGUUUGUAAAUUACAGUAUUUAUAUUUAUUUUGUAAGUCAUAUGAAUAUCAUUAGAAUUGGUUAAAAUUAAAAUAAAUAAACCACCCUUAAUAUAGAAUAAAAUACAUUUAUUUAUAAAUAACCAUUAAUUAAGGCUCAAGACUUAUCAUUUUAUAUUUUUACUAUUCAAAUAGUAUAGGUAGUAACAGUUUAAUUAAUUAAUUAAGUUAAUUUUUUAAAGACAUUUAAAUAACACAGAAAAUUAAAAAUGGAAAUUAAAUUAUAAAGUACAUGUUUUAUUUAAAUAUUUUUAAAUUACAAAACUUAGCAUUAAUAUUUCUAAAUGCUGGGAGUCUUGAGCCUUAUUAUAGUAAUCGCAAUUAUUGUAGAUAUAUAAAAAAAAAUAAUUACCAUGCAUUUUGCUAUUCUGUAGAAAAAAAAAUAUUUAUUAUACAAUAAUUAUUAAUAAUAAUUGUAAGCACUGUGUUUAAUGAUAUUUGAUUUUUUUUAUUUUAAACAGUUAAAAUUAAAUGUAUAUGUAAAUCAUUACUUUUAGUCAUUUUAAUAAUAGUAUUGAGCUAUUUUUCACUUAAUUUAUUGAGUUUACUUAAAUCAAUUAUUAAUGAUCACAAUUCAUUUUUGCAUACGCUUAAUAUUUCAAACAAACAUUUGUUUCUAUCCUUUUUUUUUUUGGAUUUAUUAAAAAACUUAUAAUUCAAAUUUUUUAUUUCUAUAUUAUCAUUACAUAGGCACUUAUAAGGAAAACUUUUUGGGUCGUUUAUAAGUGAAAAAAAAAACUUAAAGCCCAAAUUUAAUAAUUUCAUUUCUCAAAACUUAGUUUUAUAAGUCCAAUUAAGAAAAUCUGGGUUCUUUUUACGAUUCUGCCAAAUAUCAAGCGUUCAAAAUUAUUAGGACUGUAUUAUUUUUUUGUAAUUAUAUAUGAGCUGAUCUUAUUUUUGAAUGCACAAUAAUUAGUCUAAACAUUGUUACAUACAACUAUUUUAAAUAGACAUAUUAACAUUGUGUUUAUUUUAAGAGAACAAAUAUAACAUGUCUGAACAUACAAUAUUUGGCAAUACUAAUAAAUAAAAUUUUAGAUAAUUAUAAUAAUAAUGUAUCCAUAAAAUACUCGUAUGUCCAUAUUAAAAUAUAAUAACAAAUAAUUGCGUGGUUAUAUGUACAUCAUAUCAAGUUCAUAUUUAGGUGAAAAAUUAAAUUUGAAAAAUGUAUAACUUUAAAUGGCUUUCUGAAUAAUAUAGUAUUUAUGAUGAAUAAUAUUAUUUGGCCUUUAAACCAUAUACGAGUUAAAAAUCCUUUUUUUUUUUAUUUUCUUAAAGUUUGGGCCCCUAUAUCUCUAAUCAUGUUUUUCAGUUUUUUGUUGGAACAGUACAUUGUAUACUAAACAAGCAAUUUUUUUUAAGAAAAAUGAUAAAAUCAGGAAUUAAAAAUUAUAUUUAAAUAAAAUAGGAAUCAAAAACUAAUAUUUUUUAGUUUAAACUUCAAUAUCUAUUAUUCAAAUGUACUUAUCCAAUUAAUACUUAUUUGUUAGUACUUGGGAGGUCAUAAAUUCCACCUAUCAAUUUCUGUGAUUAAUAGUUUUUUUUUUUUUUAUUAUUAUUUUUGUGUAAAGUGUAAUUUAUUAUUUAGUUUUUUUUUAAUUGUAAUAACAUUUUAUAAUAUUCACAUAUAUUAAAUUUUUACAUAUUUCAAAGUUUAACUAUCUCCAAUUAAAAAUUUAAUAUUUCAGCAUUAAAUAUAAUGGGAUUUUACUAUAUAAUCUUUUACUAACAAAUUUUUAAAAUUAUAUUAAUUAAAUAUUUAGGAUAGCUUGUUACGGAAAUAAUUAGAAAAUGUUAAUAUUACAAUACAGUUCUUAUUUAUAAUCAAAUAAAGUAUAGGUAUUACAUAUUUUUUCAUUGGAAUGAUUAUUGUAUUUUUGUUAAAGUAUGUUUUUAAAUUAUAAAUAUUUUAGUUAUUUUAAUUUUUUCUUCUCUUUUUCUAUUAUUUUUAAUCAAUUAAUUUGUUAUAAAACAUACCAGUUGUUUAGAUUUUUCAUAUUAUGAUUAAUAACUUUGUAAAUCAUAAUACAAGUACUUAAGUAAUUAAUAAUUUGGCUCAUAAAUUAAUAAUCUGACAAAAAUGAUCUGAAGUGUUACAUAGAUGUACAAAAUAAUCUGUUGUUAAUAUUAUGCACAUGUUAUGUACUCAAAUAAAAAAAUGAAUUUUUUUAUGUUAUUUAUAUUAUUAAAUCUGUCUAUGUACAACUACUCUAUUAUUUUAUAUUUAUUUUGUUUUUAUUAUUAAGAUUUUUUUUUAUAAUAUAUAUUGUGGUUUAUUAUUAUUAACUUAAUUUUUCAUAGUUGUGUACUUGAUUAUAAUUUUAUAAGUAACAAAUAACUUGGGAUACUUUUGCCUGAUAAUAUAUAUAUAUAUUAUCAGUAAAAAUAAUAUUUUAUUGUAUAUCCCUGUUAGAUUGCUGUUUACGCUUGUAAUACACUUUUUAAACACAUUUAAUUUGUAAACACUCACAUGAGUUAAAUUAAAUUAUUUAAGAACAUCUAUAACUAUUAUUUUAUAUUUAUACAUAUUGUAUUAUUCUCACAUUUAAUAUUGGUGAUCUUUGCUACAUUUUGAAAAUAUAGUAUUAACACUAUAUAAAAUAAUAUUAUGAAAUGUUUAAUUAUUUGUAAGAUUUAUUUUUAGUAGGAAAACAAUAAAAGUUUAGAACAUCAACAUUGUUUAUUCAUUUGAUUAGUAAUAUUAUACAACAGUGAUAGAACUUAAUAAUAAGGUUAAUUUAUAAGAUUCAAUUUAUUACAAAGUAAACUUACAAACUUAAGAAAUCAUAUAAUUUAGUAAUGUAAACCAUUCCUAAAAAGCAUUACCUGUGUUUCGAUUGGAUUUCAAAUUACUUAGAAACAUAAUUACAAGUAUGAAAUUAGCCAUAGAUAAAUAUAUUUUUUUAUAUUUGUAUAUUAUAUGAUUGCUUGAGAUCAGAAACUCAGAACUUGUUAAGUACAGUAGACGAAAUUCAUGUUACCACUAUUAGGUUGAUGCUGUAGUACGCUUUUAUAAUUUGUAUUAUGCUAUCAUUAAGUACAUGCAGAUAUACUUAGUAUGUAAGUAAAUAAAAUUAUUAUGUGUAUACAUUAAGCUAAAUUAGCUUUAUUACAAAAAAUAGUUACCUACUCUACAGCUAAAUUAAAUGUUUCAACAUCAUUAAAGUGUUCGUUUAUGGACAUUAUGAAAGCCUCUUCUUGUGGAUCUAUCUUUUUCUUUUGUUUAGGUUUUCUACAUUUUUUUGCUAUUUUAAUAUCUAUUUCUUUUGUUUCUUCUUUAUCUUCAAACAUACUCUUAUUGCUUCUUUUCUUUCCGGGAUAUGAUCGUCUUGGUGGCUUAUCAAAUCUGAGUUCCACAUCUGCAUCAAUUUCAGCUAAUAAAUCAGAAAUGUUUGUACAGUUUUUGCUUUCAGAUUCAUCAGUUAAAGUUGUCCAUUUAUCAUCAGAAUCGUUUAUUAUCGUAGUACUUAUAUUAGUUAUAUUAUCAUCAAUUUCCGUAAACUCUUCUUCUGGGUCACUAUAAAAUAGUUUUGGUGAUCGAUUAUGCUUAUAAUUCUCUUUUAUUACUGCUAUUUUAGAUGUAUGUUGUUUAUCGAUUUUUACAUCCAAUUUUUUAUUUUGAUCCUGUUUAUUACUUAUCACACUUAUAUUUAAACUAUUGUUGUCUUUCAAAAUUCUUUUUGAAUUUUUAAUUGAUUUCCACGGAGUUGAUGACAAUUGAGGUGGUUCAAAAUUUUCUGCAUCGAGAAUGGAAAUAUCAUUAAUAUAAGCUAAUUUUUUCUUGCGAGUCAUUGAUUUAUCUUUUGCAGUUCGACUCAUUUUGAUUAUAUUUAUUUUUAAAUAAUGAAAUCUGAAAU